UCUAAUGAAAAAUUUUUAAUAGUGAGACCAAUCACCGUUACGCUGAUUGUUACAACACGGUAACAUUUUAAAAACAAAAACAAAUUUUUUGAUCUUGUUUUUAAAUUUCUAAAUUUUUAUACUUAAGAAAAAUCUUUUGAUAAAAAUUUUAAAUUAAAUACUAAGUAAUUUUCAUUUUUUAAACCACAAAAAAUAUAAACUGGGUUUUGCUUCCAAAAGUGAGGUUAUAAAUUUCAAAUAAAUUAUUUCUGUUUCGUAUAUUAAAACUUGAAUUUUUGAAAAAGUGAAACGUAAAUGAUUUUUAUUUGUUGGUAUUUAAAUAAUGGAUACUGAAAUUGAAAACGAAGACAUAAUAACAGAUGAAGAUCGAAAAAAAUGGAAUUUCGAUGGUUACCAAUACACCAUAAAAACUCAGCAUAAAGAUACAAAAUAUUUGUAUUGUCUUCAUCGGUCUAAAAAAAAAUGUCAAGCGCAUGGUAAAUUUUUUAAUGGUAAAUUUACGCCAACUAUAAAAGAUCAUACAUGCGACAAAACUGAGAGUGAAAUAAUGAAGGAAAUAGAAAUGAUUGAUGUAUCUGAAGAAGACAAAUCUAAAGAAAGAAAAAUGGCAGCACGUCUACCAAAAGCAAUAGCCAUUGAUAUGGUGUUCAAGUACAUUGACAAUUUCACAGAAGAAUCAUUUCCAGCAUGGUCAUCAGAAAUAUGGAAGAAAAUGAGUAAAGAUUCUGGUGGAGUAUGGACUAGUCAAUCGUUCUAUAUAAAUGUACGUGAAGACAGACGUGGGAUAUUGACUGAAGCGAGAAAAAAAGCUGGUUUACCACCACUGCCUUCUAAAAAGAAAGUCAAAAAACGAGUUCACUCCGAUGACAGCACUGAUGAUGACGAUGACUGGGUAUAUGGUCCUGAUUCUGAUAAAGGAGAAUCAUGGUUUAAUUUGGUAUUAACUAAUAAACAGUGGGUUGAAAUAAAGCCACCAGAUGGUCUUGGUAGAAAAAAAAUACCAUUGAGAAAGAACGUAUGGACAAAUAUUAUCGCUGAUGCGUUUUGGGAUCAGUACAGAUUACCAUGUGCUUAUGUAUUUAAAUAUGGGCAUGUAUAUGGUCCAAGUUCAAAAUAUUAUAUCAUUAUUAAUGGUAGAUGUAGGAGUAAAAAAUGCGGGAACAAAUUUUAUGCUGUUACUGAUUUAGAACCCGAACCAAAUGAACCACUACGUCUACGAGUCAGAACGAGAAAUACAAUGAUGGAAGAACAUGAGGAAGUCAGACGUCCGAUUAAUGGAGAGCGGAGACGUCAGUUGGCUGAAGCUGCUGCAAUAGAAAGCAUCCAGAAUCCACAAAAACGUUCAGAAGUUUCUGUUGAUCUUAAAAAAUGCUCGUUGGUGCCUGAUACUCAACGCAUACUUGAAGCUAAGAAAGCUUUUGCCGAAAAAGUUUUGGAUUGUGAAACUGAAUCUAAUUUAAAUUCUACCAAUAACAAUGGGGAUAAUAAUACUGACGAUGAUGAUAAUAAUACUGACGACGAUAAUAUUGAAACAGAUUCUGUGAUUAAUGACUCAAUGGAAGUUGAUGAUGAUGAUGCAGAUGCUCCAUUUUUGAUUUUGUUCAGUACACCUGAACAAAGUCAAUUUUAUCGCGAGUACUGUAAUUUAGAUAACGUACAGGCGAUUGGUAUCGACAAAACAGGGAAUCUUAUACCAUUUGUAUAAUAUUUAAAAAAUGUAGAUAUACAUAAAAAUAUAUGUAUUUUUUUAUAGAUUACUUAAGGCAAGAUAAAAUUUUAUUUUAGUUUAGAAAAUGACUUUUAUUUAAUUAUUAUUAUUAUUAAAAAAUAAAUAAAUAUCUUUCGUUGAACAAUUUAUGAUAAACUGUAUAGAAGUUAUAAGUAUUCAGUUUAAAUAAUUUUGUAGCCUAAUGAUUAAAGUAAAUACUGUUGAUACUAAUGACGAAGUACAAUAU